AUGGAUUCAUCAGCCGAGAUCGGGUCGCUGCUUGGUGAUGCACCAUCCUCUCCCGUCACUGAAGCAUCGGCAUCACUAGAGACGGUGGAAGUAGUCUCCGUGGUUUCACCGUCCGACUCAGUGACACCACUUGUUACGCCGUUUGUAACAUUUUUCGAGUCUGAGCUGUUACCGGAGCUAUUGUCGCUGGAUUCCUGUGUUUUUGCAUCCGACGCCGACGAGUCAUUGGCCGCCAACGUGCUUUCGGUGAGCGAAACAUUGCUGCUGUCUGCCGUGCUGGACUCAGAAUUGGUUGGAUUCGCGUCGGUUUCGCCUGUGACAGCCGACUCGCCUCUAAAAUUUUUUGAUGAAUUUUCCGUCGUAGAUGUUUCGCUUGUUGAGCUGCCCUUGGUGCUCUCAUCGGCUGAUGUCGACUCAGCUUCUGUAGAGUUCUUAGUGCUAGCAUUCAAUGAUCCCGUGCCGCCAGCAGCGCCUUUGAAGCGGUAG